CCAGGAAAGCCUACUCCAAGAUGGAAGAGACUGGAAAGAUCAUCAUUUCGGUUAUCUACUUAGCACUGUUUAUCGCUGCUGUACUCGGCAAUGUGUUCGUGGUCUGUUUGGUGCUGAAAAAACCUGCAAUGAAGAGUCCUACAAAUCUUCUCCUGGUAAAUAUGGCGGCAGCUGACCUUCUCUUUGCUGUAUUCAUGUUCCCGCUGGCCGUCAUCCGAUAUCAUGUAAGGGCUCUUUGGAUUGGAGGUCCUUUUGGUGACUUCACAUGUCACGUUAUGUUCUUUAUGUCCCACUUGCCAAUUGCUGGUUCCACGACAACCCUAACCUUCAUAGCGUUUGAGAGGUUCUUUGCAAUCGUGUACCCUUACAGGACGAUCAGAAUCUUUCAAAAAGUCUGGGCUAUCACAAUCUCUAUUUGGCUGAGUUCGGCAAUUCUUAUGAGUCCCGUUGGAAUAUCUGCAGUUACCACUGAAAUAAAUGGAAAAAUGCAGUGUGAUCGUGACUGGUCGAUUUUUGGAGAUCCCAUGAUGGUGAAACGGAUGUUUUACAACACCACAUUUGUCGCCAUGUACGCAGAUCCAUUACUUGUCAUUGCCGUCCUGUAUACUGCAAUAUGUCGCAAACUUUGGAAGCACAAUGCACCUGGACAACGUGGACCAUUGCAUGCACGACAAAACAACACGCUUCACAAACGUCAAAUUGUCACGAUGCUAAUCAGUAUUGUAAUCGUGUUUGCACUUUGUUGGCUUCCCACACAUGUCCAGCACAUCCUUUUAUCACACUUUCCGACUGUCCAUGCGCGCUUUCCUCUAUUUGUAAUGGUGUCUAUGAAUCUCAUGGGUCAUAUAAAUCCUGCCAUAAACCCCUUAAUCUUGGUGGUACUCAGUAAUCGAUUCCGCCGCGAGUUUUUCAAGUUGUUACCUCGUAAAAGAACAGCUCGUAAUAGAACAGCACCUUUAGAAGAGUCCCCAAAUGUUUCCGAAGAUAUGAGAGUUCAAGAAAAUGGAAUCAAUAGCGCUGCUGGAUUAUGUACAGAAAGAUUGGGUCCUGGAAUGGGUUGUUAAAAAUCAGACGAGUGGUAAUCCUGAGUUCAAUGGAUACAAACGAAAACCAGUUGCUGCCAUAGAUAUUAGCUGUGGACUUGUCUUUAUUUGGCUUGACGCAUCUUGGGAUAAGAAUAUAUUAUAACAGUCACGGUAACGUGGCAAGGGAUUGACACCAUUUAGAAAUGUGUGCCUUAACUAGGGCACAUGGAAACACAAUCGCAUAAACUGAAAUGUCAUCUGGAAGCUUUUGAGGGAUUAAACAAACACCCAAAUCUAUGAAAUGUUUUUUUAAAAUACGAGUAGACGUGAUUGACAGAGAAAUAGCCAGAGUCACUGUUUUACUUUUAAAAAGUUCUUGAAUUAUCGCGGUGACUUUGGAAACGUUUCCACAAGCAUUACCCCCAUAAACCGCAUUGUCGGCCAUUUCCAGAUGUGUAAAGGGGAUAAGUUUCUAAAGAAACUAUGGUGCUGGGUAGGUGGGAGUAACAGUAAUUUUGACUUUAUC